ACUUAAUGAAGUCCUUCAUACCUUUGUCAGAGACACACCGUUUGAGUUGUCAGUUAUGAUGGCUGAAUCUCGGAGAGUUCAGUUGACCACGUUGCCCUGUAACGUACCUCCAUCCUCUGUCAGGCCGGCCUCCGCCCAAAAGUCUCCGUCAGAUGUUGAACAGGGGAAAGAAAACGGGUCAGACCGGCCCGCUGACACCAACACGGUCCGGCUGGUGCUCACAUUGUUUGAGCCGGAUGAGAGGAGCUUUCCGGAGUUCAGCUACAGCCAGCUGGUUGAAAACAAGGACACUCAAGUCCCACUGAGCAGAUUUGAAGAGGAAGAAAAGCUAGAACAUGAUGAGGUCGCUGCUAUUUCAAGGAAGUUGGAGGAAAAAUAUGGUGACAAACCCAAGAAAAAGAAGGACCGCAUUCAGGACUUGAUUGAUAUUGGAUACGGUUAUGAUGAAGAGGAUUCUUUCAUUGACAACUCUGAGGCUUAUGAUGAAUUUGUGCCGGCCUCCAUCACAACCAAAUUUGGUGGGUUCUAUAUAAAUUCGGGCGUGCUGCAGUUCUGCCAGGCUUCUGAGACCGAGGACCUCACAACAGAGGAGCCCUCAAAAAAACGUAAAGUCAAUGGCAGACAGGGUAAGACAAAAAAGAAGCGCUGCAGAGAAGGUGAAGAGAUGAUGAGCAGUGUGGAUCCUAACACUGUGCCUGAAAUUGGACCUGAAGACGAGGUGAUGAAGAAGACAAAGAAGAAAAAGGCAGUUGGCACAUUAAGUGUCACCAGCAUGUUGAAAAAGUUUCAAAGAGAGAAGGAGAAGGAGCGACAGAAGAUGGAGAAAGCCAAUCAGAAGCCAGCUGCUAUCAUGGGCGGCGUCACAAUCCCUCUGUGCCCGGCGGAUGCAGCCGGCGGUGGAGGUACAGGACUGACUGACCCUCUCCUUAGUUUAAUUUGAUCAACCAAUGACCAUGCUCUUAUCCAAGCAGCCAACACAGUGGAUUUUGAUAUCGACUUAGACUCUUUAUUAGACGUCAGUGAAGGGACUUCAUCACCAAAGAUGGUUCCUCAACCUGCAGCAGAGCUUUUCAGACCCAAAACAGAUGAUCCGGCCCAGAUCAGUCCCAGUCUGACCCAGUCUGAUGCUGCUCCAGUCCAGCCUCCAAAUGCAAAGACUAACUUGCAGCUCAGGCCUCAAUCAGAGCCAAUCCAGCUCCUGUCACAAACCAGUUCUACCUCACCUCACCAGUGUGUCCCGCUACCAGAGGGACUUCCCCCACAACUGGAGGACAGCAUUCGAAAACUCAUGGUGGUUGCCAAGACCUCAGAGGGAGAGUCAAAACUCAAGUUCUUCACUCCAGAAAUCAACUCAAUCCUGCUGGAUGUUGAGUUGCAGUGUCGGGAACAGAGUGGCCAGGUGCGCUCCAAGGUGUACACACACCUGUCGUCUUUCCUGCCCUGCAGCAGAGACACACUCCUCAAACGCGUGAAGAAACUGUUACUCGCACACAUGGAAGCCCCUAAUGUGGGGGAUCCCAUGCAGAAACUCAAGGAGGCCAUCGGUAAAGCUAUGCCCGAGCAGAUUGCACGUUUCCAUGAAAACUGCCAAGCAUACGAUCAAGCCAAGACUUUCAAGGAGGAGGAGGAAGACGGCAAAGAGAAGGUGAAUGCUGGCCCAGAGGACAACGUGGAGGAGAAAGCUGGGAAAAGAGGAGGCCCAAAGAAGUUGUUCCAAUGGAAUGACGAGAUCAGGGAGAGUUUGUGUGAGGUGUUACAGGUGAAAAUGGAGAGAUAUAAAAAGGAAAGGAAAGGGAGCCAGGAGGUGGAGGAGCACCUGAAGACCUUGUUGGAGAAUGAGGUCAAACCUCUUUGGCCAAAAGGGUGGAUGCAGUCUAGGGUGCUGAUAAGGGAGAGCAGGAAAAUGUUGAGCCCGUUUACGUCAUUACCAGUAAAGAGGGCCAGGCCUGAGAAGAAGCAGCCAUCUAUCGUUGACCCUCCAGCUUCAUCAGAUGGCUGCACUGUUCCCCUGGGGUCUCUGCCACUGAAAGGACUCCCCCAAGAAGCAGAUGAUGUCUUUAUCGUGAGCUCAAAUAUUUCCAAUUCUGUGUCACUUGGUACUGAGAAAAAGGAAGCUGCUGUCUUGAAAAAAGUGGAUGGUAAAACAGGAGAAGGGGCAGCAGCGGAUGCUGGUUCCUUUACACCUGCAGGAGCAGACAAACCUCUGGUCACCAGGUCCACUCCGACUCACUCCCUCCUGGAUCUCCUUGCUGAUCAAGCACUGGCUCGAGAGCAACCUCUCUCAGUUUCCGAGGAGCUCCUAGCAGCAGCUGUUGCAAAAUACAAACGUUCAGUUCAGCGCUGGAGCUUUGGGAUGGACACCAAAAGUCCCCCUCUUCCUCCUCCACCUCCUCAGUCCAGCCCAGUCGGUUUCCCACUGAGUGGGGUGUGUCAUGUUUUGCCCCAGCUGCUGCAGGCUCAAGAUUUUCCCAGACACGUGGAUGAUCAUGUGCAAAUCAUCUCUGAUGAUGAUGAUGACGUUAUUAUACAGUGACAGCUCUAAAUGCAGAUUUACAAAGAAUGGGAGCAGUCUCCCUGCAGAUGGACUGGACACAUGAUGGGAAUCUACUCAGAGAGUCACCUGUGAUGAUGACCCUUUAACUGACUUGUAUUUGAAAGGCUUUGUUUAAAAUGUGAAUGAUUUAGUUUGGAUUAAUAAAUAAUAAAGUGCUUACAUGUUGUGUA